AUUCCCGGUCUAUUUAUAUCAAUUCAUCGAUAUUCGAAAUAUCCUUCUUUCUCCUAUAUAACCAUAUGUCCUCCCUUAAUCAAUUUUUUGUUGGAUUUCUAAUUAGGGCAUUUCCAUCAGCCCGUCAAACGUGACUAGCCCACUCUAAUUGAUUUGCUUUUAGGAAAAAACUGUUAUUUGACUUGUUUUACUAAAUUUUUAAAUCAUAGUUAUUUCGUAUCUCACAUUCUCUAUUUUAAUUUCGAAAAAUUUCAUGAAUUUUCGGCAACACUUUUGUUUCGAAGAUGCUAGUAAUAAAUGAUAUUACAACAACAACAACUUCAGAUGGUCUUGGUAUAUUAAAAGUUGAAGAGGCAUGGUUAGAAUUACAAAUAUACAAUGGCUAUCGUGUAUGGCAUAUUAUAUUUUUCAUCAUGACGGUCUUCUUCACAUUAGUGGUGUUUAUGUGCUGUUGUGUAAGAUUUCGAAUUCCCAGGACUAAACAAGAGAUAGAAGCUGAUUUUAUACGUCGUAAAAUUGCGACAAAAUUUUGCAAACAAUUGCGUCUAUUGAGUGAUACUGAAAUGGACAACAUGGACCUGUUAAAAGCACUAAAACGACUUCAGUCAGAGCUUGAAGUUCCUACCAAUGAAACAGUAGAGGAGUCUGAUGAAGUUCUAUCAUCAACCAAACUAUCUACCACGCCAAGUUUAAAAAAAUCUCCAAAAUCAUCAGAUUUUGAUUCUUCUGUAGAAAAACUAGAUGAAGAACCCGAGAAUGUAUUGAGUGGUCGUCUAGCAACAUUGGUUAACGUUUUGAAUGUUAUGAAACCUCGCCGUAAACAUACAGCUGAUGAAAUUACACCAAAUCUUAUAACAGUUUAGAAUUAUUUAUUUUAAAUGUCUUAGUUAAUAAAUAAAAAUUAUUUUUCAAAAAUAUUAACAAUCUUAUAUAGUUAUAAAUUUUAUAGUUAUAUAACAUGCAUGUAUAUGAAUUAUGGUACAUUAUAAACAAAGUUGAAAAUAAUGCCCAGGGCUCGGGAGUUCUAGUAAAUACAUAUUUUGCUGGUAAGUCAUAGAACAUAAAAAGUAAAAAACAAAUUUCUUCCACACUUUUAGGAUAUUGUAUGUGACAUUUUAUUUUAUUUUUAUGAAUAUUUAAAGUUUUUAGUGCUAUUUUGCUAAUUUAGAGUUCUAAGUGCCAUUUAUAGGCAUAUUUUAUAUAAUAAAGGAAAUAAACAAUAUCAUACCAAUUAAGUAUACAAAUGUACGAACGAAAACAUGUAUUUUGAUUUUCAAAUAGUAGGUAUGUUAUUAGUUGUUAAUGCAAUGACGUCAGACAAUUUUUUAAAUUUUUGUUAGAUGCAUUGUACUGAGAUAAUCAGAUUUAUUGUAUUUACUUUCCAGAAAGAGACUAUCAUAUUCUAUAAAAAAAAUUUAUAGACAAUUUUAUUUUAUUUAUUUACCAAUUUUUAGUUCUAUUUUGAUGUUUUUAAGUGCAUAUUAAAGUACUAAAACUAUACUUUUUUAAUCCUAUAACUUCAGAGCCCUGGUAAUGACAAUUUUAAGUAAUAAAUUAUAUAUUUAUGACUUAAGUGGAUCCAAAUGGAGAUUGAUAUAUAUUAUAUAGACACGGAUUUAAAUCUUAUUAAUACAUUUAUUAAAUGC